AUGGUAAGUGUAGGCCCUCCACCUAAAGAAUACAAUAAAUUACAUGUAUCGUUAUCCUCGAGUGUUGAUUCAGCAGCUGUCAAUAGCAACACCAAGGAAGAAAAUGCACUUGACAUCCAAGACAUGCAAAUGGAAGAAGAGGAACAACCAAAAGGAUCAACAACAGACAGCGAGGAUAGCAAUCCUUCAUCACACACUUUUAUCAGUGAUGUUGAAGGUAGUGAUAGUGACGAGGAUAAACACAACAGUGAUACAGGUAAAAGUGUCCCACCCAAUAUGAGAUGGUAUAUUAAAAACGAUGGAAAUAAUUUGCACAUCUCCAAAGCUCUUAAAAUUCUGUUACCUAGGGACUACAUCUCAAAAGAAAGAUCUAGACAACACUGGGUAGGAAAAUCCCUUAUUCAAGCUUGGAAUAAGAUACAUAAAAGUGACGAUGUGAUCAGGUUCCGGAACGUGGCUGUCAGGGUCAAAUACAAGGUCGAGUUCUUGCACAUUCUCUCUAUACAAUCAGAGGAGGGGAAAGAACAGACAAGUGAAAAUUCGAAAAAUAAAGGGUCAGUGAGAGGUCGACCAUACACUGAAGUAGGUGAAGGUAAAUAUGAUGUUCCUUACAAGAUUCUAUUGACCAAGUGGAUUCCUCCAAAUAAAGUGCUUUCUGAAAUUGAAAUGGUGAAGAAUGAGGAUGGCACAUCUUCAUUAUCUGAGGACAGCAUUGCCAAACUGCAACUGAAAGAAAAAGACAGCUUGCUAGCACUGCAGAUACAAAUACUGAUGAUGACUACUAUGAAGUAGAAAACGUUUUAGAAGUAAGACUCAACAAGCAGUUCCACUCAGAAGAAUACAAAGUUACGUUUAAAGGAUACACCUCUGAUGAUGACAUGUGGCUGCCAAGCUCUGCUUUUAAAGAGCCUGUCACUUUCCACACUGUUUCAAAUAGGGGUCGUCCCAGAAAGGAAAGUAUAGAGAGAGGGAUCCUGAGGCUCCUGACACCCAAGGAAAGAAUCCGAGGGAGACUCCUACAAAGACUAACCUUAAAAGGAAACACGUCCACGAAUUAAAGACAGGUAAUAUAACUAUAUUCUUUUAUAAUUGGGAUAAUAGGAAUUGGAGUUGAUAACCUACCUGUCUUUGUAGCCAAUAUAAUAUCUUAUCUAGUUUGUUUAAGAUCACACAAAGGCAGCAACAGACAUUGAACACUGAUGCAAAUGUAAUCUGAUGUUAACGUCCUAGACAUUGUUGAUAGUAAUUUGAUUUGGGAGAUCAUAUUAUCGUUUAGACUGAAAUAAAAGCCUCUGACACCUAAUUUCUGUUAUCCUUUCAUAGGAAUAUACAGGAAAGAAGAAAAUAAAGCUCUUCAAAGAGGACUCAACCAAA